AUGAAUGUUGCACAGCAACCAUAUGAUGAGCGGGUUGCAUUGGCACCCAAUUCAAGACCUCAAUAUUAUUAUGUCUACGGAAGCGUGGAAGGAGACGAUCAUGUAGAACCGGGAGAUCAUGAUCCAGAAUUGGAAGAUUCACUGUUCGGCGAGCAACUCAUUACGACGGAUCACGAAGAUGAAGUUCCUGCACGUGACGAACGAGAUAUACCGCACUUGGUGAUUACCAAUGGUGGCGAAAAGAACAAUCAGUAUUAUCAUGGGAGAAUAAUGAAUCGAUGUUGGCCGUAUCGAAUUGGGUGGGUUCCGAUAAUUUCACUGUUGAUUGUGGUGGGCGUUGUCCUCAUACUAAUAGUAAUACCGAAGGAACGAGAACCAAUGCGGGCCUAUGGCUUUGUUCCCUAUGGACACGUCGACCGAAUCGACUAUGGCGAUGCGGUGGAAGACAUAUUAUCCAUGGAUCUAUUUCACCCGACGCUGAUAUCAGACACCAAACCAAGAGCCUUCAAGUUUCCCUUUCCGACGGGCGCCUUUUGGACGAAUCUCGUCAUGCCAACCGACGAAACAGACGGACUCUCAUUUCCAAUCGUCGUGUAUCCAUAUGCUUAUAAAUGGGCAGAUUCCGGCCUGCAAUUAUCCUAUCCAGCGGCUCACCGAACCGUCAACAGCACUGGUGUCCACGACGCCUUCAAACCUGAUGUUACGAUUCAUAUGGUCGAAGAAUCAAGGAAUCGAUACGUUACCAAGUUCGAUCCGCUCAGUGUCACCUUAAGAUUUGUAUCCAGUGAAACCAGUAAAUGGGAAACCCCGUUAGUGCAAGGCAGUCCAUACUCUACCUUUCGAGUCUUGAGUGCCACUCCAGUCUUUACAUCCUUGACAACAUUCAAAUCGAUUCAAUGCCCCGGGGCGGACAAGGAAAUGUUUAACGAUUUUACCGAUAAUGACGACGACUACAGAAGGCGACUGUUUGGUGUUUGUAGCAUUGACGAAAGCGACAAGAAGAAGACGACCAUUCGUGGUGUGCAGUUUAUUUUCACAUCUGCCGAAGGACUCGGCUGGAUCAUGUUUGCCUCCGAGCCAAUGAUUCUGGAGUUUGAUACGGAUGACAGGACCACGAUAAAAGCCUCUACCCAAUUCACUGGAGUCAUCCGUCUGGCACAUAUACCGACCAACUCGCCCAACGAAAAAACUACAGACUCGGAUACUUCCACAGGACUCCGUCGACUGAUAUACCAUGCUGGAGUUUAUCCUACUGGUUGUCAUGUAUCAUGGGACUUUCAUUCACCAUCUCCUUCGGCGUCUUCCGCUACCAAUUCUCAGACACCAGGAGGAGGAGCAAACACGGUUCGACAGGCAUCGGUCACCUUUACUUUUGGCACUCAAACAAUGCUCGACACUUCCCAUUUGCCAAGCGAAGCCGCCAAACAAUUGUUAAUGUUGGCCCUUCCACAUCAUGUCGAAAAGUUACCGUCGAACGUAUUGCUCAAACCAAAGAAAUUCGAUUUGACCUUUCGUUGCAUAAAGGGGAAAAUGACACCAGUGGUCGGUGGCACAUGGACGUACACGGAACCCUUGUUGGACAUUGGACUCAACAGUGGAUACAAGGACGUGGACGAUGAUGUUUAUGAAAUACUAUUGCAGCAAAUUGAUGAUGACAUGGGACAGCUACUGCCGACGACGGCGGAAAAUAUAUACGGAUUUGGCAAACAGAUUGCUCGUCUUGCUCAGUUAACCAACAUUGCAAAACGAAUCGACAGAGAAGGAGCGACUGCAAAUGCAUUCCUAACGGGGGUGCCAGACAGAGGGAUUGCCCUAUUGACGAACUACUUGGAGAUGUUUUUGAGCUCACAAGUGACAGACAAGCUACUCUUCGAUUCAAAUCUUGGCGGUUUGGUAUCGAGCAAUGGCUUGCUGGACACGGAAGAAGACUUUGGAAAUGGGAGAUACAAUGAUCAUCAUUUCCACUAUGGAUACAUAUUGUACGCUUGUGCAAUCAUGGGAAAACUUGAUCCAACUUUCCUGGACCGCUUUGGACCAAAUGUGGAUGCCAUUUUCUACGAUGUUGCCCAUCCGUUGAAUGGAGAUGCUACCGAGGUUCAGCCGAUCAGUUUGUUCUUUCCACUGGCGCGACACAAGUCUUGGUUCGAUGGUCACUCGUAUGGAACAGGUUUGUUUCCAAUUGCUUCCGGAAAAUUACAGGAGAGUUCAAGUGAAGCAAUCAACUGCUACUUUGGAGCUUACGCUUGGUCUUUGGUGAGACACAGCACUGUCCAUGUGGAUUCUGAUAUGACAGACUUUGCAAGAUUACUAUUAUCAACGGAAAUCCGAAGUGCAAAGACGUAUUGGCAGAUGGUCCCGCCAACUGCCUUGGGUGUCCCAGGAUCAGCAGGCGUCUAUAAUCGCGAAUUUGAAGAGCAAUACAUGGUUGGAAAUGUAGGGAUGCUGGACGUUACCGCAAAAACAUGGUUGGGCAACGACCCUCUCCAUGUACAUAUCAACAAUGUACUUCCCGUGACGGCAGUCACAGCUGCUAUUUUCAGCCCGGACUAUGUUCGGUAUCAAUAUCCUUAUCUUAUGAAGAAUUGCAAAGAUGUCGAAAUGACCUACAAGGGAUACCUUGUUGUGCUUCAUGCUAUCAUUAACACUACAGAAGCAUGGAAAGAGGCUCAAGAGUUGAACUCUUGGGAACUAGAAAAAUCACUCAGUAAGAGUGAAGUCCUCUAUUGGAUUACGCAACGACCGGGUUUCUCAAACCCGUCUCUUGAUGCUGAUGAUUUUGACGAAUCAAAUGAUGUUGGAUCUGCUUCCUGUGAAAGCCAUCCAAAGUGCUCGAACAUCACAGGGUUUUGCUGCCCUACCAAAGAGUCUGUGUAUAUGGGUUGUUGUGAAUAG